AUUGGUACUGCGAAUGAUGAACUUCAAAACGUGCUCACCACCAAGACCCGAACUUUCUCGUUGACCAAGCGAAAAAACUUGAGCCUUCACAUGUUCUUCUUCGAGAACCAGAUUGCAAACUUCAACUUUAUACGAAACGUUUUGUCAGCGUUUUGUUCUUCUCUUUAUAAAAAACAUUUUAUGUUACUUUUGUCUUGGCUCUUGUAUAGUUUAUAAAAUAGAUCUAUGUUUUUCAAAGCAUGAUCAAUUUUACAGAUAUUCGAUAGUAUCAAUUUAGUUUAGUAUCAAUUUUACAGAUAUUCGAUAGUAUGAUCAAUCUAUUAUUGAUGAAAACAUGUAAUAAUGUACAUAAUUAACUGUUUUAUAAAUUUGUAUUAUAUUUAUUAAUAUCAGUUAUAUACAUAACUUGUUAAAGUUUCUACACAUACAUGGUAUUGGGUACAUUUGACACACACGGAAUGAGAUUCAUAGUGCUCAAGAAUGAGAUUCAUAGUGCUCAACAUGCAACGACUUUCAAGUAUUGACUCCAACUUUUUACUUCCUUAAUAUCAAGUAUAAUAUAUUUGGUUUUGUCCAUUCACAGCAGGGGCGAAGCCAGGUAUAAAAUUCAAUGGGUCAUAUGAUAAUUAUUAAAACGUAAUGGGUGCACGGAUACCCACAACCACCAAUGUGGCUUCGCCCCUGAUUCACAGGGGUCUCGUUUGUAUAGAAAUAUGACUCUUUUGGUUUCCAGUUUAUCUGUGUACCUUUGUGUGAGUGGACAAAGUCUUAUGAACCACAACGUGGUGAUCGAUUAUUAACGUAAGUUCUGUAUAAUUAGUCUUUUUUAAGAAUCAGAACGUUCUCGACUCUUAGUAUAGAAGCAUUAAUAAAUUUUUAGUCAAACUAGUGGAACAAGAGAACUUACACAUUCCAGUUUCUUUAUAAUGUGGUUUUAAAAAUGCUAGGAAAUCUAUAAUUUAAUCAUACAAAGGAAACUAUAUAUUUAUUUAUUUUUAAAGAAAAGAUAUAUUUUUGGUGAAGAUAAGGAUACAGUUAUUUGGUCAAACAAAAGGCAAUUUUUUAUUUGGAAUUUUGGCAAAUGAGAGUAUUUUUGUAACAUUUUCCCUUGAAUUUGAGGAAAGAAAAAAAUUUAAAAAAGGAAAGGGCAAAUGGUCAAAGAGAAAAUUCUCAUGAGUCAUGGAACCUCUCUUUUUCUCACGAUAGUCUCUAAAAACCAUUUCACCAGUUCACUCUCUCUUUCUCUGAAUCUCUCAUUCGCCAUCAGAAUCAUGUACAGCAACGAGAAUGACCAGUUGGUGACAGUCUUCCUUACAUUCAUCUUCUUGUUCUUCAUGUGUUUCAACAUCUACUAUCUCUACGUUCACUGGUGUCUCCACCGCCCUUCAAUGCUUUUCUUCGCCCCCACCAAUCCUUCUCAUACCGGUCUAGAUCCCGCCAUCGUGAAAUCUCUCCCUGUUUUCACUUUCUCAGACGUGUCUCACAAGGAUCCGAUUGAAUGCCCCGUUUGUCUUUCCGAGUUCGAGGAGGGCGAGUCGGGUCGGGUUUUGCCCGGUUGUAAACACGCUUUUCAUGUUGAAUGUAUUGAUAUGUGGUUUCAUUCUCACUCAACUUGUCCUCUAUGCCGUUCUCUCGUUCACGCAGUGGAGGAGCAAGUCACGGUCAUCGCGAUUUCUCCUGAACAUGUUUCUGCUACUGAACCGGUAUCGAGCUCGGGAUCUGGAUCUUCUGCGAUGCCGUUGGAUGAUUUAAGGAGAGAACCAGCGGCGAUUGAGACCCCUAGGAGGAUUUUCAGCGAGUUCGAAGACGGUUUGACACAGAAUUCGCCGGUGAAUCACUCGCCGAUGAGUCGGAUGUUAUCUUUUACUCGGAUGGUGAGUAGAAAUCGAAGAAGUGCACCGUCUUCUUUUGCCGGAGCUCUGUCUCAAUCGCCGUCGUCAAGCUGCCAGGUAGUGAUGAACGAGUCGGAUAUUGAGCGGGGAGGAGAAGAGAUUAAAAUUGAUUUCCGCCACGUGGGUGUUCCUUAGUGGUCUUGUGUUAUUGAUAUUAACAUCAAGUAUAAGUGUAUAACCAUGAUUUAGAGAUUUUUUAUUGCUAAGAAAUCUAAUUAAAUAUAUUUACAGUUCAAUAUUUAACUUUCGGGGUAUCCAUUCUGAGUUUAAGAAUAAGUAGAGAUGUUAAAAUGAGUUAGCUCGUUCAACUCAGUUCAGCUCAUAGCGAAUUCAGAUCUUUCAUAAAUUAACUCAGCCCAGUUCAAUUAUUAUAUGAGCUUCGGGAAAACGAUCAAUUCAUACAUCAACAGCGGGACGCGGUCCCAAUCAAUACAUGAACUCUGGACCUGUGCAAAAACAUACAUCAACAACAUUUUUUAUUCAAAAUUCAUACAUCAACUAACACUCUUAGGUCAAAACAUACAUGAAUCGUGUUUCCGUUAACUUUAUUCGGUGUAUUUGUGGAGUUAACGUGAUUAUGUGGAUUAAACGAAUUUAUUACGUGGAUUAUUGGACUGAGAGUAAUAGAAAACGACAUCAUUGUGGUCUUUUGAAAACGGCUUCAUUUUGUGUUUUCUGAAACAAAAUCCUCACUUUCUUCGUCGAACCCGCGAUAAAAGAAAAAGGAAUCAGAGUUCGAGAGAGAGAGAGAGGAGAGUAAAACGUGAUUGAGAGAGAAGAAUCAGAGUUUCCUUACCACCUAAUUUUGUAAUUUUUCUCUCUCAAUCACAUUCCCAUAUACUCAGCAUACUCAUUUUUACACCCCUGAAUCGGGUUUAGUUAUAAUAUUUUGUAUUUCAGGUAGAUUUUAUAAUUUUAUAAUACUUAUUUGUAACAAGUGGUAAUAAUCUUUUGGGGUUCAGCAAGUUGUUGGUUCAAAGUUUGAUUACCGUUGGAAACUAAAUUAUUAAUAUUAGCCUAAUGUGAAUUUGGAUUUCGGUUUAAGUAGUUAAUAUGGUGGACAAUAACAGACGAUGGUCUAUCUCCUUAUAUUAGUCGAAAGGUAUUCCAAAUUUUGAUCAAGUAGUUUGGUUAGUUUCCGGAUAAAUCCCGUUUAACACUAAAUACAUUUCUCUUAAAAUCGACCGGAUCAGCCGACAUAAUAUAUUAAAAAAUAUUUAUUUGGAACCGAACUCAUUUUAGACUCUGGUUAAUAACAUAUGAAGUGGUCAAGUAUUUGAAAUAUAUAACUAAGUUUGACCCAAAAAAACAUACACGAAA